GGUGCGCAAGGCGCUCCGGCUUCUGGCUCGCUCAGUUCAAAAUGUUGAAAAACUUUAGCCUGUGUAAAUACUUAUCUGCAGUGCUGGCACUGAUCUUGGUUUUCACCUACCAUUCUGGUGGAAAUAUGGAAGAAGACCCUCUUUUCAAAUGCUUACAAGACUCUGAUUAUGACUACCUUCUGAAGCUAACAGAACAUGGUCUCCCUCCAGCGAAGAACCCUCAGCAUGUGAUAAUCAUCGGAGCAGGUGCUGCUGGACUCACUGCUGCCAAGUUUCUGGAGGAUGCGGGACAUAAGGUGACAAUCAUUGAGGCAAGUGACCGCAUAGGUGGAAGAAUUCUAACACAUAGGGACAAAGAGGGCUGGUAUGCAGAACUUGGUGCCAUGAGGAUCCCACGUUUCCACUCCAUUCUCAGGACUUUUGCAAAUAAGCUGGGCCUGGAGUUUAGACCCUUUGUACAGGACGACAACAACACUUACUAUUUUAUAAACGGAUUUCGUUAUAAAACCUACACUGUAAAGCAGAACCCAGAUGUUCUGAACUACCCUGUGCAUGACCGGGAGAAGGGGAAAAGUGCCAGAGAACUGUUUGACAUGGCUUUGGGCAAGUUAAAAGAUGAUCUGCAGAAAAUGGGCUGUGAGAAAAUGUUGAACAAAUAUGAUUCAUACUCAGUUAAGGAAUAUUUAGUGAACGUGGGAAAUUUGAGCAGAGGAGCUUUGCGAAUGAUUGGUGAUCUCCUGAAUGAGAACAGCUUCUUCUACACGGCCCUCACUGAGACGCUCUACAUCCAGUGUGAUAUAACUGACAAUGAAACGUAUUCUGAAUUUAAAGCUGGCUUUGAAUCAUUCCCUAAUGCGUUCUACACUGUGCUGAAUGCCACAAUUCUUAAGCACUCAAAAGUCCAGGCCAUCGGUCAAAUGCAGAACAACGUGACAGUUUUGUACGAAGACUGGCGUAACCACGGCACCCUGACCAGCAUUACUGCUGAUUAUGUUUUGGUGACGGCCACAGCCAAAGCAACGCUCCUCAUUGACUUUAAACCUCCUCUGUCGGCUGAAAAGAUGGAAGCACUGCGAGCGCUGCACUAUUCCAGCUCCACAAAAGUAGUGCUGAGUUUCAGCAAAAAGUUCUGGGAGGAUGACGGCAUCCGUGGUGGGAAAAGCAUCACAGACCUGCCAUCACGUUUCAUUCACUACCCCAGUCAUAAUUUCCCCGGGAUAUCAGGCGGGGCUGUGUUGGCUUCUUACACCUCCUCUGAUGAUGCUGCAUUUCUACAAACUAUAAAGGAAGAGGAGUUGAAGAAUCUGGUGUUGAAUGACCUGGUGAAGAUCCAUGGAGAACACAUCCGGCAGCUCUACACUGGGGGUGUUGUGAAAAAGUGGGGAAUGGAUCCUUACAGCCACGGCGCCUUUGCCAUCUUCACUCCAUUCCAGAUGAGAGACUAUAGUAUGUCUAUAGUCCAGAAUGAGGGGAGGAUUUACUUUGCAGGAGAGCACACGGCCAGACCUCAUGCCUGGAUUGAGACCGCCAUGAAAUCUGCUCUGAGAGCUGCAGAUAAAAUAAAUAACAAUGCAAAGUAGGAAACAAAGCAUGAUGGUUUUGACUGACUACACUUGAAACGAUGGAUAUCACAGCACUCUGCCAACCAUCACCUUUGCCAGACUUUGUUAUUUCCACUGCCAUGAUACUAUUUGUCAAAUACCAACUGUAAAAAAAUAUAUAUAUAAAAAAUUAAUUCUUUAAAACCCUCUUGAGGGAUGUGGUUGGCAUUUUGGAGGUGUUUGAUAUUUUAUUAAAUAGUGGGUAAAUAUGUUAGUGAUCUUCUAAGCACUUUUGCAAGAAUCAUGAUGCUC